GGUCUUUUGACCGACACCGAUUUAUAGCCAAUCAGAAACAUCAGAAAUAAUUACUGACGUUCCUGAUUGGCUGUCGCGACAAGCAUUGCGGCCUGCGUUGUGUUUUGCGGACAUGGUACCUCAAACAUAUAGAAAUAUAAGAUAAAAUUCAUCGCCAGAAAAUGGGCGUAGCACGAACGCGCACCAAAUCGAGACUUUAUCGGCAGCGCCUGAAAAUGGGCGUUACGAACGUAGUACCAGCUCAAAAAUGGGUGCAGGUGGCGUAUCAAACAGUUGUGAAAAUUGGUAUCGGUCAAAAGGCCGGCGUGCUGCUCCCAGACUUGUUACUGAUACAUAUGUGAUUAUUUGGUAUUUGUGAUUCAUGAAUUAGUCUGGAUUAAGAUACAGUUACAUUGAUGAAUGUAAUUGAGAAUGUCAUUUUGGAGUUAAUUUAUUGACAUUUAUUUUUUAUGCAACUGCAAGGUUUCAUAUAAAAGACAUGCGCCGGGCACGUAUAAAGGCUUUGGCUACUGUACCAGUUCGAAAAAAGGUUGUGGAAAAUACAGCACCAACUGUAGAAAAUACAGAUAAUACACCUGAUAAUGAACAUAUAGAGCAAGAGACACCUAAUACUGCUAUAAUACCUGAGCAAAAAAAUAGUAUACAAGGUAGUGGUGUAAGCGCAAGUGAAUCUGAAGAUGAACAUGGCAAAAGAGCAACAUCUGUUGUACCGAGUCGCAUGCGAAAUGAUUCCAUCUGCUCUGUACAAAGUAACAAAGAGAGUACCAUCAAUGAUACUGCAAAAAUCAAGGUAACACCAAAGAAACGCACAAUGGUUUCGGAAUCAGCGAGAAAAUUGGCAGAGGCUAGAAGAGAAUUUUUAUUAAAGCAUGAAAAUAAGACACCAGAUAGAAGUCAAUUGAAAAUGUACGAUCUAAUCUAUUAUAAUCCUGUGACGAAUCCUAUGAAGAAGUCAAAAACACCUACUGUUGUGCCAAGGAACAUAACUACAACAGAAAUGGAAGAAACUUUAAAGGAUGAAAGGGAGGAUGAUCCUUCGGCGAUGCCUGCGCCGCAAGUAAAAGUCGGCCCUGAUGGUCAGUUGAUAUUAGAUGAACAAAGUCUUGUGAUAGAACAAACAGCUGUGAAGAAGAAUAGAGAAAUAUUGUCACAAGAAGCCAUCGUAGAGGACGACGAGCGUGAUGGCGGAGGUGGAUUUUAUAAAAAGCGUCAAAAAAGCAAGGAGUGGCCAAAAUGGGAAACAUUUAAAUUUUACAAAGCAUUAAAUGUAGUGGGUACGGAUUUCCUACUGAUGCAAACUCUUUUCCCAAAUCGAACAAGACAGGAAAUUAAGCAAAAGUUUAAGAAGGAAGAAAGAGUUAAUCGUUCUUUAGUGGAGAAGACUCUGAAAUAUCACCAAGAAUUCGAUACCGAAACACUAAAAAAAGAUUUAGCAUUACAAGAACUAGAAAACGUUCAAGCAAAUACGGAUAAGAAAACGUUAGAGAAAGAUAAAAAUGAACAACAUAUGACCAAGCGUGCUAAAAAGCGUAGACGCCGGUUUGCAGCAACUAGUAUCGCGGAAUGCGAAGCAUCAUCUACUAACAAUCAAGAAACUGAGGAUAAAACAAUAGAUGAAACUAAUGCAAAUUGUGGUGAAGUAAAUGAAGUAAAUGAAAUAAAUGAAGUAAAUGAAAUAAAUGAAGCAGAUGAAAUAAAUGAAGUUAAUGAAGUAAAUGAAGUAAAUAGCGAUCAACCAACAAGGAAAGGAAACAAACGAAAAUUAAAGAAAUAUUCAAUUGAAAACUUCGAUGAUAGCAGUUGUAUGAGCUCUAACGAUGAUUCAGAUAGUGACAUGGAGGUUUAUCAGAUUAGACCAACUAGAUCGGGCAGACAGCCAAGGCCGAAGGUGUUACAAGCGCGUAACAUUAACACUCUUGAUAGUAGCAUCGAAAAUGAAUCGCUAAUGGAUGAGACUUCGCUGACAUCGCUGCAAGAAACUCUUUCGUCGCGAGAAGUUACGAAUGAUGCGUCAUCCAAGGAUAGCACAGACGCAACACCUGGUCCUGAAAAUAUCACAACCGUAAUACCAGAUAUCAAUAAAAUAGAACCGGGAUCUUUAGUGAUUCUAACGAAAGAAUCCGUAGAAGAGCCAGGGAAAACCAUUUUACAGGUUUAUAUGGUUAGUUCCAAUGUUGAUAAAAAGAAUGCUGAUGAUGAGACAAUUAAGUCCAAUAUGACACCUGUGGUUCUGCCGCCGGAACUAUUGUCCACCGUAACUAAUAAAAUGGAUGAUGUCGAGCCAGUUAAUGUAGUGGACGAUUGUGAAUAGCGGUCUCUUACAUUAAGCAUGAUUAAAUCUUCGCUCAUAUAUAUAUAUAUAUAUAUAUAUAUAUAUAUAUAUAUAUAUAAACUGUAUAUGGCUAAGGUAUGAGACGUUUACAUAAAAAGUGAACAUUAAUUUGAUUGCGAAAUAAACACAAAAACUUUUUUUAUCUUUUUGACCAUGUAUAUUUUCUAUUAGGUAUUGUAUGUGCGAAUUUGUACAAUGUCUUGUAAUAUAUUGUAACGUUUACAUAUAUAUAAUAUUUGCACAUUGUUGCAAUAUAUGUACAUUGUUGCUUAUAUUAGCAAUAUUCUUUAUUAAGGAACAAGUUAAUCCCAGCAAAUAAAAAGUAAUUUACUACUAUUAUAAUAAAAAUUGAACAAAAAUAAUUGUUAGUAGAACAUAUGUAUAAAUUGUUUUAUCAAAAGACGAAAUGUAGUCGCAAUUUGUAUUUUAUAAAACUUCUCAGUUGAAGAUACACAGAACCAUAAUGUGCUAUACUAUGAAUUAUCAAGCAUUGUGAGAAUACUGCCAUAAUGAUAAUAUUUUUUGAAGUAGUAUACUAUCUUAAAACAGCGAAAUUAUUCUGAUUGCAUACAAAAUUCUAUAUUAAAUGCAUAAAUUAUAUGUCUCCAAUUGCAAAUAAAAUAUUAAAAUUGAAAGAAA